CACGCACACUCUCCUGGAACUGAGCGCUCACGGACGGAGGAGUGCAGAAGACAGCGCGGAACUAACGGAGCAACAGUGAGCGCGCAAAUGAAGAGGGCGCCUAUCUCCAAGUAACAUCGCAGAGAAGUCCCCAAACGCAUUGACUACCAAGACGGAAGCAAAGAAACAGCAUAUUUUCUACCAGUUUGUGUUAUUUUUUGAAAACACUAUUCGUUUUCUGAUUGCCUGAUCUCUGUCCCACUGCGCUGAUAAGGACUUUGCGGACUUCUGAGUCGCGCACCACAACCCGCUUCAGAAUGAAGUUACUCCUGUCGGCGGUAGUACUCUUCUUGGCUCUGGCACAAGUGUUUUGUGAAGAAUUCGGUGCCAAAGAGGAUCCAGAUUAUUGGGUGAACAGCAUUCAAAUACAGGAUGAGUGGUUUCCCUCCGACUCGUUCAGGGAGAUACUGCGGAGAAUGACGAGAAAGCCCCGACCGAAUCAAUUCUUCGGACUGAUGGGCAAGCGCUCCUCCGCAGCCAACGCACAGAUCACACGCAAAAGGCAUAAAAUCAACGCUUUCGUUGGGCUGAUGGGAAAGAGGAGUCAGGAGGAACCAGAUUCUACUGAGUGGAACACAUUGCUGACAAGCUACGACAAGAGACGCUAGCGCAGCGCGUGGCGUCCGGUGUGCCUCUUGUCAACUCAUCCCCCUCCCCAUGGAGCGGCCGCGCCGCUCUCAAAUCAUUUUAUUCUUCGGUUUCUGUUUUGUUUUGUUCGUUUUUUUUAAAGACAGAAAACGUGUAUAGUUGGAUGAAAGAUGAAUAAACACUUUUGGAUUACGUAUUGUGUUUGAUGUAGACGUAAUGACGUAAAAAUUGGUUGCGAUUUGAUUUUCCUCAGUACAUUUUAAACGUGUCCAUCAAAUCAACAUGUGACCUCUCACCCAUCAGCCUCGCCAUCUCAACAUCUG